AUGUACAGAACUUCUGCUACUACAGACCUUGAAGAGAAGCUGCUCAUCUCAACCAACCCUAAGGCACCACCAAUGACAGAUAAAAAAAAACGACAUCGUUUAUUCGUGUUUCUCGGGGUGCUAAUUGUGAUGUCCUUUGUUGGCAUUUGUCCAUUCCACCACCUUUUGAAGGUCACUGAGGAUGAUGAGCUUAAAUAUAAAGCUCCCGAAUUCGACAUCGAUUCUCUGUCACUCAUUCUCAACAAUGAAGAAGCAUACUGGAGGGUUACUUUCUCCAUUAAAAACCCUAGGGAGAACGCGACUGUCCGGUACUACUCGGGCCAAGUUUCGAUGAUCUACGAGAAAGGAUUUUUAUCUACAGAUCUUAUUACUCCGUUUCGCCUGCGUUCAGAGGAAGAGAGAUUGGUGUAUGCCAACUUUGAGACAUAUUCAAUUGAUAGGAAAUGUGUAAAGAAAAUGGCUGUGGAUUUUUUUGUGUUGAUGAAGGCUAGUAUAGUUGACCCGCGACCUGGAUCAUAUCGGGAGUCGGUUGCUUUGCUAAGGAUUAACUGCAAAACAGCCAGUAUUGAGUUUCCUGUAAACAAUAACGGUUUCAAUAAGCAAGACCAACAUGGAAAACCAUUCGUCUAUGAUCUUAAAUAUGAUCAAGACAGUGAAGAUGACAAGGAGGGUAAAAAGUGA